AUGCAUCAAGACCAGCAGAAUCGCCUUUAUCAGGCGCGCAUCAUCGCUAGUAUCGCUGCAACUGUCAUGUCCUUAGCUUGCGGCACCAAUUAUGUCUACUCAGCUUGGGCUCCGCAGUUUGCGGAACGAUUGAAGUUGUCGUCUACAGAAAGCAACUUGAUCGGUCUAUGUGGUAAUCUGGGAAUGUAUACCCUUGGCAUGCCCAUAGGUGCCUUUAUUGACUAUCGAGGCCCGCGGCCUGCUGUCCUUGCCGGUGCCAUCCUCAUGCUCCUUGGCUACUUUCCCCUUCACCAAGCCUACCAUCGUGGCUCCGGAUCUGUGCCUCUGAUGUGUGUCUUCUCCUACAUGACUGGUCUGGGCAGUUGUAUGGCAUUCGCUGCAUCUGUCAAGACAUCUGCUCUCAACUGGCCCAAAACCCGUGGAACGGCCACAGCUUUCCCAUUGGCUGCCUUUGGCUUGAGUGCCUUCUUCUUCUCUUUCGUCGGUGCUGUCUUUUUCCCCGGCAAUCCCAGUGCCUUCCUUGAGCUUCUCGCUUGGGGCACCUCUGGCCUUACCUUUGGCAGCUUCUUCUUCCUGAAAGUCUACCACGACCAGCCCGAGUAUGAGGCCGUACCCGCAUCGGAUGACACGCAGAGCAUUCCAUCGUCAGCAUCUCAGCAAUUUCGACCUGGAUCUUCAGAGGAGCCGAAACCCUUCCGCUCCUCUCGAGUGGAUAAUGAACCCGGUAUGUUAACUAAUUCCAGUAGUGAUAGCACCUGUGCCAGUAGGAACUCGUACACUCCUGCUGUAGCAUCCUCAUCUACCGCCGCCCCGGAUUCGAUGGGCUCUCUUGGAACUCCACUUGCGCCUGAAUUCGGCCUUGUGGUCGCCCCCGAGAAUCCUGAAGACCUCGAGGUUGGCGAGAGGUCACCCCUGACUUCUCGUCCCUCAUCACGAACCGAUCAACCCCUUCUUGGAAAUAAUUAUAUUAAUAACGAUGGAUCUCACCAUCUAGACAUUCGAGGUCUCGCCCUCUUGCGCAGCGCUAGCUUUUGGCACCUCUUUAUCAUCAUGGGUAUUUUGGCUGGCGUUGGUCUCAUGACCAUCAAUAAUAUUGGAAACGAUGCCAAGGCUCUUUGGAAGCAUUACGACAAGAAUGUGACCGACGAUACUCUCGUUCAUAGGCAACAAAUGCAUGUAUCAGCGUUGUCUAUUUGCAGCUUCCUCGGCCGACUGUCAAGUGGUGUUGGCUCCGACUUCUUGGUCAACAGACUUCACGCCAGCAGGCUCUGGUGUCUUGUUGCCGCCUGCAUAAUCUUCAUCUUUGCUCAAGUGUGCGCCUUGAACGUCGAAAACCCACACUGGCUUGGCCUAGUCUCGGGCCCGUCCGGCUUAGCCUAUGGCUUCCUCUUUGGCGUCUCUCCUUCUCUUGUCGCCGAGACUUUUGGCGUUGGGGGACUUAGUCAGAACUGGGGUUUUAUCACCAUGGCUCCUGUGUUCUCGUCCAACGUCUUCAACAUAUUUUAUGGUAAAAUCUACGAUGCACAUAGUGUAGUUGACGGUCUUGAAUGUUACCGCUCCGCCUAUUGGGUCACAUUAUUAUCAUGCUGCGCUGGAACAGGCAUCACUCUCUGGGCAAUUCGCCAUCGACAUGCAAAGCACCAAAGGGCGAUGAACAAGGGGCACGAGGAGGACUAA